UCCUGGCGCGCAGCGGCGCAGAAGAAGAGCGGGGGAGGGAGUGGGAGAGACAGUCCGCCAUAUUUCUGCCUCACCACGCCCACGGAGCCAAACCACUGAAAAGCCCGGCGAGCUAGGCUCAUAGUGUGCAUGCCUCAGUCUUUGCCUACCUUCUCUUCGGUGGUACUCUUUCUACCCGUCCUCUCUUUUUCUUACUGUCAGGGCAGGAACGAGCUGCGACAGUAGUUCUCCCCGUGAGAGGGGCGAGCGACUGUGCCUGGAAGGAAGGUCCACCGUAAGGAAGUUCUCCCGCCAGGCGCACGCUUAAGAUUGCUGGGCGGCAGCGAGCUUCCCCGCUUUCGGAGGAGCCGAACUCGUUCAGGAAGAAUGACUUUGGAGUCCAUCAUGGCGUGCUGCCUGAGCGAGGAAGCCAAGGAAGCCCGGCGGAUCAACGACGAGAUCGAGCGGCAGCUGCGCCGGGACAAGCGGGACGCCCGUCGGGAGCUGAAGCUGCUACUGCUGGGCACAGGAGAGAGUGGCAAAAGCACAUUCAUCAAACAGAUGAGAAUCAUUCAUGGAUCGGGUUACUCUGAUGAAGACAAAAGGGGCUUUACAAAAUUGGUGUACCAGAAUAUAUUUACAGCAAUGCAGGCCAUGAUCAGAGCUAUGGAUACCCUCAAAAUCCCAUACAAGUAUGAACAUAAUAAGGCUCAUGCACAGUUAGUUCGGGAAGUUGAUGUAGAGAAGGUGUCAACUUUUGAGAACCCCUAUGUAGAUGCAAUAAGAAGUUUAUGGGAUGACCCUGGAAUCCAGGAAUGUUACGAUAGGCGGCGAGAAUAUCAGUUAUCGGAUUCAACUAAAUAUUAUCUUAACGACUUGGACCGCAUAGCAGAUUUGGCCUAUCUGCCAACUCAGCAAGAUGUGCUUAGAGUUCGAGUCCCAACAACAGGGAUCAUUGAAUAUCCAUUCGACUUACAAAGCAUCAUUUUCAGAAUGGUGGAUGUAGGAGGCCAACGAUCGGAAAGAAGAAAAUGGAUACAUUGCUUUGAAAAUGUCACAUCUAUCAUGUUCCUAGUAGCGCUCAGUGAAUAUGAUCAAGUGCUUGUGGAGUCAGACAAUGAGAAUCGAAUGGAAGAAAGCAAAGCACUCUUUAGGACAAUUAUCACAUAUCCAUGGUUCCAGAAUUCUUCAGUCAUUCUGUUCUUAAAUAAAAAAGAUCUCUUAGAGGAGAAAAUUAUGUACUCCCAUUUAGUUGAUUAUUUCCCAGAGUAUGAUGGACCACAACGGGAUGCACAAGCGGCACGAGAGUUCAUCUUGAAGAUGUUUGUAGACCUGAAUCCAGACAGUGACAAAAUUAUCUACUCCCACUUCACAUGUGCUACAGACACAGAGAAUAUACGCUUCGUCUUUGCUGCUGUCAAAGACACAAUCUUACAGUUAAACCUGAAGGAAUACAACUUGGUCUAACUGUGCCUAGGAGGCCCUCCAAGACCACCUUUGUGUGAUUGAAGAUACACAAGAGGGACUGUAUUAUCUGUGAAAACAAAUUGCAUAAUACUAAUUUAUUGGACUUUGUGAAUGUCCACAGAGUUUUUAGUUAAUAUUAUUAUUUUAUUUAAACUAUAUGGAAGAAAAACAAAAGAUGCUGAAGUACAUUUACAGUACAUUUUCUUAUUUUUUAGGCAAAACCUUGUGACUCAAUAUGUUUUAAAUUCUCAGUUGUACACUCACAAAGGAUAACAGUUUUUUGCUAUUGAAGCAAAUCAAGCUGGUUUCCUCUUUCCCUGACCCUUUGUCUCUCCCUCCUUCCUCCCCCCCUUAUGUUUUUAAAGGCACAAUGGCUGUUUUCCCAGUUGCAUUCCUUGGUAAAAUAUUUUCUGUUGAGUCAUUUGGUCAGGAAAAAUGCUAUCAUCAGAACUGAAAUUAUCAGUCAUUCAAAUUUUACAGAAUGUACUUUCUCCGAAGGAUCAAAAGUAUUGAUAGUGUGAUUUUUAAAUUCUUGACAUGCAUGUUUUCACUUCUGAGGCUAGAAUAUUGGGAUUGCAAAAUAGAAAUAGUUGUGUAUGGAUUUAGAAUUUAACCAUACUUUCAUAGUUCAGAAAGAUGCAUAGAAGACAGUAAUGAAAUAAUUAAAGACACAAACCUGGAAUGUUCAUGGAAUAUCAUAGAAUCUCUUUUUAAUUGCCAUGUGCCAUUAUUUUCUCUUUUUUUUAUUCACAAAUGCCAAACAGAAAUGUCAUGGACACCACAUUUUCCCCAGUGGCUACAGCCUGAAACAGAGGUGGUUCAGUUUUUUUUUUUGUGUGUGCAUUAUUUCUUCAGUUAGAGCUUUUCUAAAGUGUGUUUUUCCACAGUAAAAAAAAUAUUUUUGUUGUAUAAAAUCUUGCCAAAUCUGGCUCUUUAUAAAACAAGUACUUUUGAAGCAGAUACUGGCUGAAAUGCCAAACUGAUGGAUUGGGAACUGACCUGAGUCAACUGCCAAAUGAUAAACAAGCAUAGUUUCAGCUCAUAUGUUCCCUUUUUUAGGAAGUGCUCCAUUUUGUAAUGCCAAAAACAACAGUGUGAGUGAAUAUGCUACUAGGUAUACUUGUAUAGAAGACAGUUUAACUCUCUCCUUAUGUCAGAGAUGGCAUGAGAUUGCAUACAAUGUUUUCUGUAAUAAUAUCAAGGCACCUUUGUACAGCAUGAAAUUAUUGAUGAGUGAUCACAUUCAGGAACCUUUCUUGAUAAGGUUGCCUCUUAACCAAUUCACAGACAUUUGAUAGGCUUCAUGCAAAAUAGACUCUCUUGAUGUUCUUUAGAAAGAUUUAUUAAUGUAAAUGAAAGUGAGAAAAUCAUUCUUGAAAUUUAAAUGUGCACAUUUUUAACAACAAAAAUGUAGUGCACAUCAAUGAGUAGCUUAGUUUGAAAGGUGUUUUGUUGACCAGGUGCAUGAUUGCUAGCAAGCUACAGAGAACUCAGAGGUCAGACAUAACUGGACUGAUUAUCUACAACACCAAGUAGCACUAGAGUGCACUUAGCACAGAAAUUGCUGCCUCUCAGCAGCGGAGGAGAGGUGGAAAAAGAAUUACUUAUUAGUUGAGUAACAAAGUUAACAAUAAAUACUAAUGAGAUGGUUUUCAUCCUUAACCCUCCCACCUCCAAAAAAACAAUAAUAAGAACAGUUGCUAUUUUACUCCCUCAUAAAACACCUUAUAAUUGAAAACUGGUUGUAGGUAUAGUGCAAUUAUGAAUGCUAUAAUCAUUGUACAUACAUAUAUAUAUAUAUAUAUGGUAACAUCCACAUUGGCUUUGUAAUAAUUUUUGGCAAACUGAAUGUGCUGUGUUGAUAUGUAUCUAUGUAAUUGUAUUGUAUGUCUUACAGCUAAUUCACAUUUUAAAUAAUGCUAUUUUAUUUACUUUUUUAAGAGAAGGAUGUAAAUUUUGUCAGUUUAUUUCUGACUAGGGAUUUGUUGUUUUUAUUUAAAAAGCAAAAAAAAGCAUAUUAUAGUACAGAGCGGUACUAGCAUCAUGCUGUAUAAAAUCGUUUGUACAUUCCUGAGUAAAAGUAAAUUGGAGACAUGCAGAGGACAUUCACAAUAAAAACAAUGCUUAAAUCUU